AGCAAUCAAUUUAGAACCCCCCCCUCCUCUUCUCUCUUAGACGCCGUCCCCUGUUUUUCUCCUUGCAUCUCUGUCUCCUGUCCGGAAUAGAUUUCUAGAGAGAGAAACUAGAGAGAGAGAAAAUGGCAUUCGUGUCUUUCGUUGGGAGAGUUCUCUUCGUCUCUGUCUUCGUACUCUCUGCAUACCAGGAGUUUAAUGAUUUUGGUGUUGAUGGUGGGCCAGCAGCGAAGUCACUUGGACCAAAGUUCAAUGUUUUCUCAAAACACGUGUCAACUAAUACUGGGCUGCAAGUUCCGGAUAUAGAACUCAAAUAUUUAGUUGCUGCAGCUAUUGCGAUGAAGGGUAUCGGAAGCCUUCUUUUCAUCUUUGGCAGCUCUCUUGGAGCCUAUAUCCUGCUUCUUCAUCAGGCAAUUGCCACUCCCAUCUUGUAUGACUUUUACAACUAUGAUGUCGACAAGAAAGAAUUCACUCAUCUUUUUCUCAAGUUUACGCAGAGUUUGGCACUCUUUGGGGCACUGCUCUAUUUCAUUGGUAUGAAGAAUUCAAUGCCAAGGAGAUUACUUAAGAAGAAGGCUCCCAAAACGAAAACAGUAUGAGAAGGAAUGUCAUGGGUUCAGAAAAUUCACAAUGCCAAUGUGACAGAAUUUGGUUCAGAAACCACUUUUGUAUGUUUCUUUUGAGGCAGCGGUUUCUUGUUCUUCAUUUUCUUCUUGUUUUUGCUCAACUAUAUAUCUAACUUUUAUUGUGUGGUUUUAUUUCAUCCCCGGAAUUAAUGGGAAUUUUGGUAUCUAUAAUCUCCAUUGAAAAAUAGGUUUUUGUUUGCUA